CUGAUGGAAAAUCCUAGAAAUUUCUUAUUGACAUUUUAGAUUUUUAUUAUGAAAAGGAAAGUGUCGAGGUUUUUGAGUAUUAGCUAGGAGAAGAUCUGUGUUGUGGUGAGAGAGAAUAUCCUUUUCCUUGAUCUGAUGAAAAUUCUCCUUAUUGAAAUUCUAGAUUGAAGGAAAGGAAAAUGUUGAAAUUCUCCUAUGUAUUUGUUAUUACUUGCAGUAUAUAUAAUAAGCCUCUGUAUCUCAUCAAUGGCUACGGAGACAAGGCAAGAAUGUGGAAAAGACGUCGCUUGAUGAUGGAAGCGGUGCCACACGAUGUCGUAGAGCUUAUCUUGGAGAGACUUGCGGUGAAUUCUCUGCUGAGAUUCAAGGCUGUGUCGAAGCAAUGGAAAUCAACGAUCGAAUCACCAGUCUUUGAAGAAAGACAGUUGAAGAAGCGACAGCAAUCAGGAGAUCCAGAUGUACUCUUGGUGUCAGGAUGUCCUCACCCGCCGGACAUAGAAUCUCUAAGAACACUGGUGUUGGGUUCAUCCUCAUCGGUCAAGAUCCCUACUCCUUGGGAGAAGGAAAACAACACGCAGUACUUCGUCUCCUUUGAUAGCUGUGACGGUCUGGUUUGUCUUUAUCAUCACAAACAAUCAGGGUUUGUGGUCAACCCCACCACUAGAUGGUUUCGCCCUCUUCCUCUAUGCCAAUUUCAGCAACUCAUGAUCGACUUACGAGAAAGUUACUUCGAACUUGGACACUCAUUCUUUAAGCUUGGAUUCGGUAAAGACAUAUCCAGAGGCACAUACAAGCUCAUUUGGCUAUACAACUCUUUAGAAAUAGGCCUUGAAAACGCUACUACAUGUGAAGUUUUCGACUUUAGCACCAACGCUUGGAGGUAUGUCACUCCUGCUUCUCCUUAUCGGAUUGCUGGUUGUGCCGAUCCCGUUUUUGUACAUGGGUCGCUUCAUUGGUUCACGGAAUGCCAAGAAACCAAAGUUCUAUUUUUUGAUCUUCACACGGAAGCUUUUCAAGUCGUAUCUAAAGCUUCUUUUGCAGCCAAUCCAGAGCGUACUCCUUACGAUAUCGUCAUGUGAUCCGAGAAGAAUAGCAACCUCGACAUCCAAGUGAUAUGGUCGUUCAAUUCCAGCAACAAUACAUGGGACAAAAUUUGUUCCAUAAAUCUGCUUGUAAUUUCUAUUAUUUAUGGUAGCCCAACAUUAUGCGCGUUCCAUCCACUAGCACUUUUGGAUGGGAAGAAUAAUACUAAUAAGAAGAAGAAGAAAAAGGAGUUGCUGUUUUAUGAUCUUGUGCAAAUGAAAACACUGAUGACCCAUGACCCUGAAACCGAGAAUGAUCUUGUUGUUUUUGAUGCUGAAUCCACUGGAUAUUCUGUUUGUUAUUUCCAGAGUUUAAUCUCUAUUUCAUAAAU